GCCUCUAAAAAGUGGUCAAGAUAUUGAUGGACUUUUAAAGCAGUUUCGUGAGUUGAGGAGCUCAAUUCCAAAGUGUUCAAAAAUAGAUCUAAGAAGGUUUCAGCACCGCCAUCACCAAGUCGACCGCGACUAUCAAACUCAAGCCAGAUGAUCAAGGUGCUAUGGUUACUAUUCACAAGGAGCUGUUGUGUUCCUGCUCGCCUUACUACACCGCGGCUCUCAGAGGCGGCUUCUCGGAAUCACGAAAGGCAUCUCUUGACGCCGACAUGUCCAGCAACACUCUGAAGGCAUUUGCAACAUGGUUGUACACAGGUAGUCUCCCCAGCAAAGGAACGCACGUAGAGGGAGCGCACGAUCGUCAAUGCUGCCUCAUCAAUCUAUACAUAUUCGCCGAUCUAACUGACUUUCUGGCGCUUCGUCGCGCUACCAUGAAUCAGUUAGCAGCUGCGAACAUGUCCUUAUGCUCGUACACUCUGGUCCUAGAGAUCAUCUCGCACCUUCCAGACACCGAUCCUCUAUGGAAGCAGACUCUAGGGAGUUAUGUCUCGCACUGGACGCCUGACUGUGAUGACUACGCCCCGGGUUGCUACCUUGAUGCGGAACUGGAAGAUGGAGGAAGACUACUACCCGGCUUCAUGCACGAAGUUCUGAAAGAAGUAGCACUUCGCACGGAGCUCAACCCGCCUGGUUGCUCGUGCUGCUCUAAUCCUUGCACCUACCACGAACAUGAGAGUGAGGAAGAAUGGAAAGCAACUUGCGGAAAGGUCAAGGGCUCGAAGCUGCCAGAAUCAUUGCUUUAGCAGGAAACGAGAGAGCGACAUGAAUUCGUACAUCAUGAGAAAAGAAAACAGAGAGACGAUAAUUCGUGCCCAAGUCCACAAGCAGAUAAUGGACCGGAGAGAGGAUUUAUUGAAGCAAUGCAGACCAUUGCCCAGUUGAACAGCUUCAACAGAAGUGGUCAGAAGUUAUCACUUUCCAACUGCCGUAGUAGAAAAUCCCUUUCUCUUAGUAUCAUAUCAGAACUACUUCUGGAUCUAGCACUGGAAGCUUCUGAAUACCUGAUCAAUAAUUCCGUGAAUCAAGCAUGUCCUCACAA